ACCAGGUUAUAGUAAAUGCUUGAUACUUAACGUUACAAUAGGUAUGAAACUACCCAGCAGUUGUUUGCCAACGUAAUGUCGCGACAAUGUUAAGCUAAAUGUCUUUUGCCUGGUAGCUAUUUUUUAUUGUUUCGUAGGAAUUAGUGAAGGAUGGAGAGGGACCGGAGUUUUAACUUCAAACUGUUGGUACCUCCCAGGGUGAAUAACGGACAGGUGUCUGCUGUUCGACCUCAGGAAAUAGUUGAGAACUGUGGUGAUUUCAUGAAUACAUUGCAGCAGGGUUACAGUAAAUAUUUUGACAAAGAGCAGAGCAUGCCUUUCCCCAAUACAAGCGUGGUUGCACCAACUAAACCAACCAGACAAGACUUUCCCAAGAUGAAAGUCGUGCCACCAAUGGAAAAAGACGAGAAUAAUUGCAAUCCUGGACAGCUUUAUUCCAAACUGUUUGAUGAAGUUGAGAAAGUUAAGUGUUGGAAGGUCAAAGUUGAGACUGACACUGUGCAAAAGGAAAGGAGACUCCAAGAAAACAAAAGAACAAUUGAAACUCAGCGCAAAGCCAUUCAAGAACUGCAGUUUGGAAAUGAAAGUCUCAGCAUAAAGCUGGAGGAACAGAUCUGUGAAAAUGAGGAUUUAAGGAACAAAAACAACGGAACCAGGAACUUGUGUAAUAUACUCAAAGAUACUUUCCAGCGGUCAGCUGAGAAAAUGCAUUUAUUUGAAUCUGAAAGAGAAGAAACACAUCACCUCUUUAUGGAAAAUAGUGAGAGUGUUCAGAAACUGAUUGCAGCAUUUGAAAGCCUUCGUAUUCGAGCAGAAGCUGAUCGACAAGAGCUGCAGAAAGUCAAAGAGGACUUGCUGCAAUUUGAAGAUCUAAAAGAGAACUAUCAUCAAGAAUAUAACCUGAAAGAAAAAGAGGUUGCAGUUCUUCAGACAAAACUCAAAGAUAAGGAAAAUGAACUACAGAAAAUCCUGCUUGACUUCCAUGAAACCCAGAAGUACUGCAAACAGCUUCAAGAAGCUACAAAUGAACAGUAUGAGCUUCUAAAAAGUUCAAAAACUGAACAGGAAUCCCUUCUUCAAAAACUGCACACUGCAGAGCAGUGCUGUAAAGAAUCUGAGAAAAAUUGUGAAGCUAUUGCUGCAAUGCUGGAACAAAGUAAAGAAGAAUAUACAGAGAUGAUUCAAAGCAAAGACUUAAACUUGCAGGAACUCAGCAGAGUUAAAAAUCAACAAGCAGAGAAACUGGAGCAGAUUCAGAAAACCCUUCAGGAGCUACAAAAUUCACUAGCCUUAGAGAUACAGAGGGCCAAGGAACUUGAGGAUAAACUCAUAGCAAACAACAAGGAACUUGAAAGGAGAAAUACACUUUUAGAAGAGACCGUGGAGCAGAGUGCAAAGAAAGAUAGGCAGAUCAAAAUCCUUGAAGAUGAACUGGAUAAACAAUCAAAAUCCAUUGAUUCCAUGAAAGGUAAGAUCGACGUCACAGAAGUCAGAGUGGAGGAACUCACAGCUGAGCUUUCAAGGAAAACCGAAGAAGCCCAGCUAUUUAAGAAUGAAGCUGAGAUUGCCUUUGCUGAAAAUGAGCUACUGAAGAAUUCUUGUGAAGCUGCUGAAAAGGCACAAGAAGAUUUAAAGGAGAAGUCCACAGUGACAGAGAUCAAAGUGCAGGAGCUGGAAGGACAAUUAUUUACUGAAAUAAAAAAAAAUAAAGAACAUACCUUUCAGAUGGAGCAACUAAGGAAAGACAUCACUCAGCAUGAAGUCAAGUACAAAGAGCUAUUAUCCAACUUUAAUGAGCUCCAGUCUGAGAAGGCAGUCAUUCAACAGCAGUUUGAGAGUGGAUCUUCUAAUGUGAAAACUAUUGAGGCAAACAUGAAGGUGAGUGAGGAGAAGGCUGUGAAGCUCACAAGAGAAAUUCAAAGACUGAAAGAAGAAAACCAGUGUUUACAAGAGGAAGUAAACUCCAUUAAAACAAAAAUCCAAGGCAAAUAUCAGGAAACUGAGACUCUGCAGAAGAAAAUUGAAGAAAAUUGUGAACAUCUGCAGGAGGAAAUUACAGAGAAAGAAAAACAGAUUAAAGCUGUGGAAACAAAGCUGUGCAAUCUCAGGAGAAAAUUUGAAAUUAAACUUAAAGCCCAGGAGGACUACCAGAAAGAGAAUAAAAUGCUUAAAAAACAAAUAGCAAAGGAGAUUGUGAAAUCCAGUCAACUUGAAACUGUGAUUAACAGUCUUCAUGAGGAGUCCCAGAGCCUUAAAAGACUAAACGAGGAAGACCAUCAGAAAUUGCUUAAGGAUCUUGAGUCCAAAUCAACCUUUGCAGCAGAGCUUGAAAAUGAGGUACAGAAAUUCAGAUUAACAGCAGCAGAGGCCAUCAAGAACAAGGAAGACACAGAACUCAAGUGUCAACACAAGAUAGCAGAUAUGGUUGCACUGAUGGAAAAACAUAAGAGCCAGUAUGACCGGAUGGUUGAAGAAAAGGAUGCAGAGCUUCAUGAGAACAAGAAGAGAGAGAUGGAGGCUGUUUCCCAUAGAAAAUCACUGGAGUUGGAUCUUUUGAAGCAUAAGACAGAUAAUGAUCAGCUGAAGCAACAGCUGAAGACAGAAGUGACAGAGAAGGAAAACCUGCAGAAGGAGCUAACUGAUUUGAAGAAAGAAAUGGCAUCAAUGAAAAUCACUCAGCUGUCAGAAGCAAUGAACAAGCAGUCACCUGCCUCAACCAUUAAACAAGGGAGAUGUUCAGAGACUCCAAAAGAGAGCUCUUCAAAGAGGCGUGUGUUUGACUUCUCCAAGACCAGGAAAACUCCUUCCUACAGCAAAGAUGAUGAAAAUACUGCAGUUAUGAAGAAAGCUGAAUCUGACUCUGAAUCCAUCAGAACAACAUGUGGAACAACACCAAAGACCAAGGAAAUUCAUAAUGAAGACUUGAAAACCCCAAGAAGUAUUACCAACAGGGUUGGCGAAACAUCAAAGAUCAAAUCCUACAGAAUAAGGACACCCCCAUCUGCUGAAAAGGCAGCACGCUGGGGGAAGAACACCAUAGAGCUUGACCCCAAGUCUGACAGCUCUGAUCAAAAUGAUCUCUUGAGCUUUGCAAGUGCACCUACACCCAAUUUUUCUGCUCCACCCUGCAAAUUCAAUAUCUUCAAAAAGAUCCAGAGCCCUGUCACUCAUAAAUCACCAGGGAACUCCUUGAAGCUAGCUGCAAUGAAAAGGAUGAGAGAUGCUGGUUGGACUGCUGUUACUGGCUGUGACAAAAAAAAGAAGAAGACAAAUGAGAAGAUCUUUGGAUAAAUAGUGCUGUUAAGGUCAGAUAAACAGUGAUGAUAACAAUAUUAGACAGGUUUAGGUGUUCAUGUUCCAACUUUCUUAGCAUGCAUAUAUAGCACUGUUAGGGAUCAAAUACAUAUAUUAAUAAUAACAACAGGCAAAUUUAUUUAUUAACAUGCAUAGAAAGUAUUGUUUUGGAUCAGCUAAACAGUAUUGUUACAGAAAGAUUUAGGUGUGUUCAUAUCCCUGCUUUUUUAGCAAGUUUGUGGUUUUGAGGUAUCUUUUAAGUGACUGUAGAGUCACCCUCUAUGCUUUUAAGUACUUUGAAAAAAAAUCUGUUUGUUGUAGUGCUGUUGUAUGGGAUAAUUUAUUGGUGUUCACAUGAAAUCUCAUUCAUUCCA